GGGGCCCUUAGCAGUAACUCAGCUCCUUGCCCUGAUCUCACUGACCGUUGCUCUGGACAAUGGAUUGCUGAAGACUCCACCAAUGGGAUGGAUGGCCUGGGAACGCUUUCGCUGUGAUAUCGCCUGUAAAGAUGACCCAAAAAACUGCAUCAGCGAGGGUCUGUUCAGAGACAUGGCUGACCGGCUGUCUGAGGAUGGCUGGAAGGAGCUGGGCUAUGAGUAUGUAAUCAUAGACGACUGCUGGAUGUCCAGGCUGAGAGACAAACAAGGGAGGCUGCAACCUGAACCCUCCAGGUUGUUCUACUUUUUUCUAUUGGAGAUUAAGCAUGUCUGUGUUUCAUCUAGUAUUACAAAAGACCGAAUCGGCCAUCCCAAUUGGGGCUUUUGAUGUAGUUAACAGGUCCACAUCCUAUCCACAUCUUGAAGCCACACUGAGGGCUCUGACCAUAGCCGCGGGAAGUAGGGGUGCUGGAGCACCCCCUGUUGGCGAGUGGU